AUUCAACUCAAAUUUAAUAAUAAUUUAUAUAUGUAUAUAUUUGCAGGCACACCAAGUGUUUGAGGAAACGCCUGUGAGAAAGAAUAUGAUGGGCGGUCUGCCGCAGCCACUCAGGGCCUUGGGUGCUGCAACUGCUAUCAUAUCCGGCGGAAUGUUAGCUCUCUCUCUCGCUUCCUCUCUCACCAUGCGAACGCUUCGAGCAGCUGCCGACGCUAAACGCAAAAAGGUUGCAUUGCCUUGUGGAGUUUGUAGAGGAAAAGGCUAUUACAUAUGCAAGCUAUGCAAGGGAAACUCCACAAUCGAAUGGUCUCCUCUGUACGACCCUGUUGUUAUAAACCCUUGUGUUUGCCCUACUUGUGAUGGAAACAGGGUACAAAAAUGUCUCAACUGUUUGGGAAAGGGCUAUAAUUGACUUGUAAGAGAAGAGACCCACCUGAACACAUAGUGUGAGCUCACUCAUCGAACCUGAAGUGGCCACUGUUGGAUCCAUCAACUCCAUGCUUUGGCCAUCUUUCCGUAGAUCCCAAGCCUUGACAUGCCAGUAAAACAUAUUCACGACCCUGGCCUACAGUAAUACUUGCAUAUCCUAACAAGUUCGAGUGCAGUCUGCUUGAGAAAAGGCUACAUUUCACCUGCCACUCACAAUCUCAAGCAUGCAUUAUGUUUCUAGGUUGUGCUUGGAGAAGUAGCAAUCACUUGUUGUGUGUUGUUUGAUAGGCAAAAGAAAUAGUGAUCCUUCCCUAUGUCCCAACAACCCUUUUUGUGUUUUGCUUUAGAUUCAUUCUCUCCAAAUGUUCUUGCCAAGCCAAAAUCUGAUAUUUUGGAGUACAUGUAAUUAUUGAACAAUAUGUCGCUGGUUUUUAGAUCCCAAUGAAUAGAAGACCUAGAGUAAUUGUGAAGAUAAAGAAGACCUAGAGCAAUUCCUUCAAUGAUGUGAAAGUGAUUUUCCCAAUCUAGUUGUGUUUUAUGGGUCAUAUUUGCAUCAGUUAUACAUUCAAAUUGCUUGAAAUUAGACAAUCCUGAGGGGUAGCUCAGUUAGUCCGGUCUCGUAUUUGCUCCUUAAUGAUCAUUAGUUCAAGUUCCCUUAGGCGCAGUGGUUAUAAAAAAAAUAAUAAUAAAAAAUCUAAGCUUU